CGCGGUUGGUACAUGUUCGGAAGCAAUGUCAAUGCUCUCCAAAGAAAAUAAAAAUAUUGAUGCGAUAAUCAUCAAUGUCCAUUCACCGAAUUUGGAUUCUUUUAAACUCUUGGCUCAAGCUGUGGCCUUGGAUAUAGUUUCACUAUUUGUAUGUGAUGAAGAGAAUGGACUCUUAAUAAAGAAAGCUUUGGAAGGGGGAGCUUACUUUUUUCUUAAAAACCCACUUGCCAAGAAAAUUGUGAAAUGUGUUCGGCAACUUGUAUUGAGGGGAAAAAUACAAAGAAAGAAAGCAAGAAAUGGAGCAGAAGAAGAAGAUUAGAUGAAUGUUGAUGAUGUUGGCAAAAUUAAAACUGU